AUGUGGCGGUUGUUUCGACCACGCACGGGGGCAGCAAGCGCGAGCACUCUGGCUGCUCGGGCGAUCGUGCCAAAGGUUCCCGGCCGGCAAACCGUCAUCGUACAGAGGGUCAAGAUAUCUAGGCCAAGAUUCAGACCGAGAACAUUCUUCCUCGGUGCAGGCAUAUCGCUUGUCUGUUGGCAGAUGUACUGGUCGACCGUUCUGAAUCCCUUUUUCCGACAUGUAGACCGAGAAUACGAGAGCCUCUCAGUGGCGGAAAAGAAGGCGUUGGAUGAAGAAAUGGAUGAGGAGGCGGAGCCGUGGUUUAUUCCGUUCCCCUUCACAACCAAAUCCGUUGAUCAACCACCGUACAAAGGCAGUGACCCGGAGUGGGAGCAAUUUUUGAAGAUCAGCAGGGAUAAAGAGACCCAAUUGCAGAUGCGCAGUCAGCUCUCACAACGAGUUAAGGCCGCCGUCGAAGAUAACCCAAGAAUCACGGCCAGCGGCGGUAACCCGGUGAGGAUUAGAAGAUAUUGGCUGGAUAUUGAUUUCCCUUACCGGCCACCACCGGUCUUCUAUUCCUCUGGACUGUUGGUGCAAGGCGAUGGUAUCUACUGGUCCAGGCAAGAAGUUGAUUCAUUUGCCGUCAAACGAUUGGAGAAGGUGCUUUGGCCACAGGCAAUGGCUGUUUCGACAUGGGCAUUCGCAUCGACGCUGUUUAAGCAACACUUUACGGCCAUAUCCCGGGCACUGGGUUUCGAGUCCAGCAAGCCCGUCCAGCCUUUCCCGCCGAUACGAGGUGGCAACGUACAACAGAAAACCCAAGGGCCUCUGCCGUCUGCCAACAGACAGACUCCGGAUGGCACCCCGGCAGAGAAUGCCUCUCACGACGUCAGCAAAACAGCGGAUUCCCGACAGACGGACGGGCCUGAGAGCGGUGGCAAAACCAACUUCGUCAGGGACGUGGCCAUUUCCCACGCCGAGGGUAUGAAGCAUAUCACGGCGGGGCCAGUGAGAGAGUUCUGGAAGAAGCUAUCGCAAACGUGGUGGUCGCCGAACCGAUACCCUCCGCGUGGCUGCGUCCUCGUCUCUGGGUUCGUUGAAUGCGAAAUGCCCAAAGCUGUAGUGGUGAUUGAUGUCUGGGGUUUCUGGAACCCCAAGACGAAAAUGUUCGAUUCCGAUUUGACCUACAUGAGACUCAGAAGAUUCCAGCCAAAGCGCCAAGGUCCUUUACGGGCGUGA